CGAUAGCUUGUCUCCUUCAGAGGGCACUAUGUACCCUGUCCACGCAACAUGCUGCCCCCUAGUGGACAAAACUUAGAACAACAACAUUGAAUCCCAUCAUGCUUUGCCGUACCCGCCGACCCGAACACCUCCAAUGCGAAGCUAACAGGCGUUAGCUACCGGGAGCGGACAUGUUGUACCGACCCUUUCUUUAAUAAACAUCGCUGUAAGCGGGGAACCGGGAAUUUAAGGGAAGGCUCGGAGUGUCUGGCAAUCAUGGAUGCCGUCAACGCCUUUAACCACGAGUUAUUCUCAUUGAUGGACUCCAAACCACCAAUAUCUCGGGCAAAGAUGAUCUCCAUCACCAAAUCUGCCAUCAAAGCAAUGAAACUUUACAAACAUGUGGUCCAGAUUGUGGAAAAGUUUAUAAAAAAGUGUAAGCCUGAGUAUAAGGUAGCAGGCUUAUAUGUGGUGGAUUCCAUUGUUAGGCAGUCCAGACACCAGUUUGGACCUGACAAGGAUGUGUUUGGACCAAGGUUCACCAAAAACAUUACAGGAACUUUUGAGAACCUCUGCCUUUGCCCUGUGGAAGACAGGAGUAAGAUUGUGCGGGUGUUGAACCUGUGGCAGAAAAAUGGGGUGUUCAAGAUAGAAGUUAUUCAGCCCCUCUUGGACAUGGCAGCGGGCUCUGGCAGUGGUGCUGCACCCAACACAGGCGCAGAUGAGCCAGGUUCUCCUCCACCUCCAGCCAAAGAGCCAGUUACAGUGGUAACGGCAAACUCCACCAUGAUACCUGCUGCUCAGCUGCACAACUCUGAUGCCUUUGCUGCCGUGGCACAGCUCUUCCAGUCCUCACAGGGUCAGCAGCUCCAACAGAUGCUGCAGAACUUUCAGCAGCAGCCAGUGAAGCCAGAGACCAACGCCCAGCCUCCACCCCAGAUUAUUCACCCACAGGCCCCAAAUGUUUCUGCUGGACUGGGCAUGGUCGCGCCACAACCUCCCCUUCCCUCCCAGCCCGCCCAACUAACCCAGCCUGCCCAGCAGAAGACAGCCUUUGACAAGAAAUUGCUGGACCGGUUUGAUUAUGAUGAUGAACCAGAAGUUGGAGAAGAAACAAAGAAGGAUGAGAUCUCCUCCCCCCCUUGUAAGCCUCUUAAUUUCUUUAUAUGCUGGCAUGUCUGUGAUACCAGAAAGCGGAAAGCUUUGAUUAAAAUUAUGCAGCAGCCUCCAGCCUUUCCACAGCACAUGGAUCACUUUAAACCACAGAUUAAUAUACAACAGGACAUCUCACAGCAGGUUCAUCUUCCUCCUAAUGGGCAGCUCCAGGUCCACGGUUUACCGCCAGGACAGAGCUUUCCUGCUGCGAUGCCUCCUAUGGGCCAUGUGCUGCCAGGGAUGUCCCUCUCUGGUUCUUCUGGGCCUCCAGGCUUCCCUGGGGUUUACCAUCACCAGAAUGCAGCCCAGCAACAACAGGAUUUGCCAAUGGAUGUGGACCAUUCAUCCAUGAGAGAUGGCAGACAUGGCCGAAGAUCACACUCAGGCUCCAGAUCUCCAAAGCGAAGGAGAUCACGGUCCAAUUCUCGUACACGUCGAUCCAGGCACAGGCGAUCCCGCUCACGCUCCAGGGAUCGGCGUCAUCACUCACCGCGCUCACGCUCGCAGGAGCGCAGGGAGAGAGAGAAGGAGAGAGAGAGACGGCAGAAAGGUCUUCCACCAAUUAAGAGCGAGACAGUCAGCAUUUGCAGCACUACUCUCUGGGUAGGCCAGCUGGACAAGAGAACACAGCAGCAAGAUGUUGCCUGUUUACUCGAGGAGUUUGGGCAGAUAGAGUCCAUCAAUAUGAUCCCUCCACGUGGCUGUGCUUAUAUUGUCAUGAUACACAGGCAAGAUGCCUUCAGGGCUCUACAGAAGCUCAGCAGGGGAACAUUCAAAGUUAACCAGAAAGCCAUUAAGAUCGCUUGGGCUUUGAACAAGGGCAUAAAGGCUGACUAUAAGCAGUACUGGGAUGUGGAGCUGGGUGUCACCUACGUACCUUGGUCUAAAGUCAGAGAGGACCAGUUAGAGGAGCUUAAAGAAGGAGGAAUGCUCGAUGUGGACACUUUAUCACCAGAGUGGAGUGGCACGAGGAAGGCUCUCGACCACCCAGAGGAACUCACUCACAAUGGCCGUUCAGAGCAACAGCAGCCUGAGGAGACGCAAGCUGCACCUGUACCCGCCCCAACUGCUCCUCCCACGUAACACAGGU